AUGGCCGACGAAAAGGAGAUUCAGCCUUCGGUGAAAAGUCCCCCAAAGGGCAAGACCGUCAGCGAGAAGAACGCCGACGUCACGUUACGGCUCCUUGAGCAGCACGGCGAUGAUUUCGGUCCACUUACCCCCGAAGCGGAGAAGAAGCUGCGACGGAAGUUGUACUGGCGCAUCAUGACGCUUCUUUCUGCCAUCAACAUCAUGCUUUUCGUCGACAAGUCGACGCUGGGAUACGCUGCCAUCUUGGGUCUCUUUGAGGAAACCGGUAUUAGGCAAGCGCAGUAUAACAACCUGAACACCAUGUUCUACGUCGGGUACUUAGCUUUCCAAUGGCCUGGGCACUAUCUGAUGCAACGUUUGCCUUUUGGCAAAUACGUUGCAAUCACUGUCUUCAUUUGGGCAGUGAUCAUCUUCCUGCACUGUGUCGCAACCCGAUACGCUGGACUUGUGGUGAUGAGACUCGCUCUCGGCGCUGCAGAAGCCGUAAUCGUUCCCGCAAUGGAAGUCACUAUCGGCAUGUUCUUCAACCGACAUGAACAGUCUUUCCUACAGCCCGUGCUGUGGAUCACCUGUCAAGCAGCGCCUAUCCUGACUGGUUUCAUCUCCUACGGCCUCCUAUGGAGCACUGGCCCGGUCCUACCCUGGAAGCUUCUUCAUGUCGUUACCGGCGGGCUGACGCUCAUACUUGCCAUCUGGGUGUGGAUCGACUACCCCAGCAACCCCGCCGAGGCGCGCUUCCUCACUCUCGAAGAAAAGGUCCAGGUCAUUCGCCGCGUACACAAAGCCCAGCAAAGCUCCAUUGAGCAGAAGCAUUUCAAGAAGGAGCAGUUCAUCGAGACGAUGAAGGAUCCCGUGUCAUGGCUCUUUGCGCUGCAGUCAUUCACGCUAAUGUACUCGAACAACCUCAACUACGGGCAGAAGAACCUCAUCACCACCUCCAUUGGCAUCAAACCUCUUGGGUCUACACUCGUCGCCGCAGCAGGUGGUGCUUUUGGCGUGGCCUGUUGUAUUGUUGCGACUUUGGCUUUGCGAAGAUGGCCAAGUAAUCUGGCUCUCCACGGAACAGUAUGGUGUAUGCCCGCUGUCGCCGGAGGUAUCGCGAUGAUCACGGUCGACUGGGAGCAGAAGAUCGGGCUCCUCGGGUGUCUUAUCUUAGCAGCGUCGACUUAUGGCGUCACAUACAUCAUUGCCUUGGGCUGGACCACAUCUACAGCGGCUGGGUACACCAAGAAGCUGACGCGCAAUGUCAUGUUUAUGCUGGGAUACAGCGUCGGAAAUCUUGUGUCCCCACAGAUCUGGAUCCCCAGCAAUGCGCCGAGGUUUUAUGGUGCAUGGGUAUCUAUGAUCACGGUCAGCUGGGUAGGUACACCAGUCAUCCUGUGGAUCAUCCGCUUCAUCUUGGCGAGAAGGAAUGCGGAGAGGAGGGAGUAUAUUACCUCUUUGAGUGAUGAUGAGCGCGAAGGCUACGUGGAGCAAGUGGAUGAGAACGGAGAGGUUGUCAGGGUCAAGGUUGACAUCGCAGUUUUGGACCUUACGGACCUGCAGAACAAACAGUUCAUCUACCCCAUCUAG